CUUCUGAUUGGUCAGUGAGGAACAGGAAGUUAUGGGCUGACCUGACAGCUCUUUUGGAGAGAGGGAACAUGGUGUAACGUAAUUUUUCCACAGAUAACCCCCUCGGCAAAUUGCUGUUCCUCAGGUCUUCAUAUCCUCCGGUAAACUUUCUGUGUCAAGUUUGCUCCUAGCCUAGCUGUCAGAUGGACGGUGGCCCGGAGGUGCGAAAGGAGGCUGCUCCUUACUGCUGCGCCACCUGUGAGGGAGGAGGAGAGGUCCCGGGUCUCAGCGUGGCACGGCGCUACACGAAGAGCCGCAGUCUGAGCGCCUCCUCGGCCAGCAGCUACUCAGAGUACAGGAGGAAUCAGUCACUCCACGGACCAAGCCCCGUCACCACGUUCGGUCCGAAGGCCUGCAUGCUCCAGAACCCCCACGCUGUAAUGCACAUUCAGGACCCCGCCAGCCAGAAACUAACGUGGAACAAGCCGCCAAAAAGUGUCCUCGUCAUAAAGAAGAUCCGAGACGCCAGCCUGCUUCAGCCUUUCAAAGAGCUCUGCAUCUUCCUCACCGAGGUGAAAAACAUGAUUGUUUAUGUGGAGAAGAAGGUCCUGGACGACCCAGCCAUUUCAGGAGAUGAGAACUUUGGAGCCAUCGCUAAGAAAUUUUGCACUUUCAGAGAAGAUUUCGAUGAUCUUUCUAAUCGUGUUGACUUCAUCAUCUGCCUCGGUGGAGAUGGAACGUUGCUUUACGCUUCUUCGCUCUUUCAGGAGAGCGUUCCGCCAGUCAUGGCUUUUCACCUGGGUUCGCUGGGUUUCCUGACGCCGUUCAAGUUCGACACGUACCAGUCUCAGGUCACGCAGAUCAUCGAAGGCAACGCUGCAAUCGUGCUGAGGAGUCGCUUGAAAGUCCAAGUUCUGAAAGAGAACUGGGAGAAGAAGGACACGAUGGAUGAAAAGAGCAUCAUCCUGACCAACGGGGACGCGGAGAGCAGCCGCAAAGUCAUGCAGUAUCAGGUGCUGAAUGAGGUGGUGGUGGACAGAGGACCCUCCUCGUAUCUCUCCAAUGUCGACCUCUACCUGGACGGACAUCUGAUCACCACGGUGCAGGGAGACGGUGUGAUCGUAUCGACACCCACGGGCAGCACAGCGUACGCGGUGGCAGCAGGAGCCUCCAUGAUCCACCCCAAUGUCCCCGCCAUCAUGAUUACCCCCAUCUGCCCCCACUCGCUCUCCUUCAGACCCAUCGUGGUGCCUGCUGGAGUGGAGCUCAAGAUAAAGCUGUCGCGUGAAGCCAGGAACACGGCCUGGGUGUCGUUUGAUGGGAGGAAGAGGCAGGAGAUCUGCCAUGGAGACAGUAUUACCAUCACUACAUCCUGCUUCCCCGUUCCGUCCAUCUGCUUCCGUGACCCGGUGAACGACUGGUUCGAGAGCCUGGCGCAGUGUUUGCACUGGAACGUGAGAAAGAAGCAGAACUACCUCAUCUCGGAGGACGAGGAGUUCUGAGAUGAGCGUUUCCAGGACUCGGGACCAAAGCUUGACCCGCCUCUGCUUCUGUUAUUUGGUCUUUUAACAGGUGGAGGGGUUUUAAACCAAACUCCACCCUGUACAGUCUGUCCAUAUCCGUGGCCUUUACAUGCAGAUGAAUGCAUUCCUGCAGAACGCAGCAGAAGUGGGAAUAACAAGUGAGCCAUGUGUAAUUACUGAUUUUUUUAUGAUUGAUAGUCGUUUAAUCUGCUGAAUUUAAAAGAAAACAUGAAGGCAGAAAUUUCACAGGAAAGCGAUCUGCAUGAAAGGACAUAUUGUCACAUUUCUCUAGAUUAAUAAUCUGACACCGUGGUAUUUUUAUAGGAAACGAGCUGCAGCAUCAACAAAGAGCUCAUUAGAGAUGGUGCUGCAGGUAAAUAAAGGACAAUCAACUCUUACAUCGGUCUUGAACCAAAAUGUGCUUCAGGACUUGCUAGGGUCAGCUCCAGCACUUUUCCCGUUUUCAGGAAGGCGUUGGCUACUUACUGAAAUAGGCGGCGAAUCAAAACUCUUUCUGCUGAGAGGAACGCCGAGCUGCAGUGGAUGAAUAAAAACCAACUCCAGUUUAUGUUAAACUAAUAAAGAAAAGUGAAUUUGAGGAUGUUGCGUUUAAGGGCCCGGCUGUGCCUUGAAACACUUCACCGUUAAUGUACAGACAUCUUAUUUUUGAGGUUUACAUCGUGGUUUUGUUUUUAAUCACAACUUUUGCACAAAUCUGUGUUUAGCGCGUCGUAACGACGACCGUGGUCGUCUCCCCGGGCUUCGCAGCUGAACACGGUUGAUUUUUGAGUCUCCGUGGCGCCAGCAUUGGGAGGCAGCGAUCAUUCCAGUCAGAGACCAAACUUCAGGUUUUAGUUUCUGGUUUUAGAGAUUUGAUUUAAGCAAUAGCCAAAUUUUAUGAAGCCCGCCGUUUUAGGCCCUGUGUGCGGGAUUCGUGUGACUGUUGAGGACUCGUUACACUUUUACAGCCCGUGUGGAGACCUGUUUUACAGGUUCUCUCAGAUGUUAACUCGUACCUUUGUUACGCCUGUUUGAACACAGAAAAAAAACCUUAAAAGCAACCAUUCCUUUCUUGUGCGUGCGUGUUUAUAAAUGUGAUUUUGAACGUCCACGUUUAUUAACUGGUUUACAAUGUAAAAUAAAUCUGAGGAAAAGUCACAGAUCAGUGAGGGAUUAUCUAAAGCAUUCCAGAACAAAAUUGUUUGUCUUGUUUUUUUUAUUGUGUAGGAAAGAAACUUGUAAAUAAUGUGAAUGACACUUCUUUUCUAUUAAAACAUUUGUAGGUUUCUCUCGCUAAGUGCUUUUCACUUUUGUAACUAAGAGCCUGUAACUUCUAACUUUUGUAUCAGCAAGUUUAUUAAUGUGUCUAAUUUGCUAUUUUUUCUCCCAGAAAUCUUUAAUAAACACAAUGUUGAAGCAGAA